AUGCGAGCUUCUCUCGUCGCGUCUAAGAGUCGCGGGCUCUCUGGGCUUUGUGCUGCGUGCGCGCGCAAGAGACUUGCCACGUUUACAACAACAGCAACCACGCUCUUCGCGAGAACAUACUCGACUAGGACAGACCUUUCUCCUCCCCCUAUAUUACAGGUUCCUUCGAAUAUCGCCUUCUCUCGACGAUGGUCGUCCGCCUCGGCGCCGCUGCGCGCAAAGCAGGACGACAGUGCCUCUCAAAUUAAGGAGGAGACCUCACAGCCCAAGAUCAGCCAUAAGCCACUUCCCUUCUAUUCCCUCUUCCCACAGACGCUGCCUGAUGGACCGCCGCCAACAGGGCCCUUCGAGAUUGAUGUGCGCGCCCUACGCCGCGAGUUCUUACAGCUCCAAGCCGCCUCCCACCCCGACUUCCACCACGCCGCCUCCGCCUCGGCAGACGCGGACCCCCCUUCGACAACGCACUCGGCCACGCGGCGCAAGGCUGAGGCCCUGUCCAGCCAUAUCAACACCGCGUACAAGACCCUCUCCUCGCCCCUGCUGCGGGCGCAGUACAUCCUCUCUGAGCGUUAUGGCAUCGACCUCGCUGGCGACGAGGCCUCCUCGCUCACGGGCCCGCCGGACCCGGACCUGUUGACUGAGGUGCUAUACGCGCGGGAGACGAUCGAGGAAGCAGCGAGCGAGAAGGAUUUGGAAGGCGUGCGCGUCGAGAAUGAAGAGAGGAUCAAGACGUGUCUGGCGGAGCUGGUGCGUGCCUUUGCUGCCGAGGACGUGCAGGCCGCAGUGCGAGAAACGGUCAGGUUGAGGUACUGGGAGAACAUCAGGGAAAGUGUGCGGAAUUGGGAGGAGGGGAAACCGAUCGUGCUGCAGCACUGA